AUGCAAGUUGUGUGUAUGAGAUCCUCUGACACUGGCACUGGGAUGCCUAAACACGAGUGUUUUCUUCUUUUUGGCAGGUUUGCGUUUCAUCACUGCCUUGUCUUGAAGACAACGAUGCCAAAGAAAGUGAAGCCUGCAGGGGAUGGGAAGGAAGAGGGGCCUGUUCCCUGUAAGCAGGUGAAGCUGGAUGCAGCUGGUGGGCCUUCCCCUUUGAACCUUGACAGUCCCAGUGGCCUCUUUGAAAGUUUAAUCUCACCUGUCAAGACAGAGACUUUUUUCAAGGAAUUCUGGGAGCAGAAGCCCCUGCUUAUCCAGAGAGAUGACCCUGUGCUGGCCACAUAUUACCGGUCCCUGUUCAGGCUCUCAGAUCUGAAGAGUCUGUGCAGCCGGGGUAUGUACUAUGGAAGAGACGUAAAUGUCUGCCGGUGUGUCAAUGGGAAGAAGAAAGUUUUAAAUAAAGAUGGCAAAGUGCACUUUCUUCAGCUGAGAAAAGAUUUUGAUCAGAAAAGGGCAACAAUUCAGUUUCACCAACCUCAGAGAUUUAAGGAUGAGCUUUGGAGGAUCCAGGAGAAGCUGGAGUGCUACUUUGGCUCGUUGGUUGGCUCGAAUGUGUACAUAACCCCUGCGGGUUCUCAGGGCCUGCCGCCCCAUUAUGAUGACGUAGAGGUUUUCAUCCUGCAGCUGGAGGGAGAGAAACACUGGCGCCUGUACCACCCGACGGUGCCCUUGGCGCGGGAGUACAGCUUGGAGGCUGAGGACAGGAUCGGGAGGCCAGCACACGAGUUCACAUUGAAGCCAGGAGACUUGCUGUACUUUCCCAGAGGGACCGUUCAUCAGGCGGACACUCCCUCAGGGCUGGCCCACUCCACGCACGUGACCAUCAGCACCUACCAGAGCAGUUCCUGGGGAGAUUUCCUUUUGGACACCAUUGCAGGGCUCGUGUUUGACACUGCAAAGGCAGACGUAGAGCUACGGGCUGGCAUACCCCGGCAGCUGCUCCUGCAGGUGGAAACCACAGCCGUUGCAACAAGAAAAUUAAGUGGCUUUCUGAGGAUGCUUGCGGACCGGCUGGAGGGCACCAGCGAACUGCUUUCGGCAGACAUGAAGAAGGAUUUUGCUAUGAACAGACUCCCGCCUUGCUACGUGGGAGAUGGAGCAGAGCUGUCAACACCAGGUGGACAGUUACCAGGGCUGGACAGCACUGUGAGGCUGCAAUUUAGAGACCACGUCGUCCUCACUGUAGGACCCGAUCAGGACCCAUCCGAUGAAACUCGAGAAAAGAUGGUUUACAUCUAUCAUUCCUUAAAGAAUAGGAGAGAGACACACAUGAUGGGAAAUGAGGAAACAGAGUCUCAUGGACUUCGCUUUCCUUUAUCACAUAUCGAUGCACUGAAGCAAAUUUGGGACAGUUCAGCUAUUUCUGUCAAGGACCUGAAACUUACUACAGAUGAGGAAAAGCAAAGCCUGGUAUUAUCCCUCUGGACAGAAUGUUUAAUCCAAGUAGUCUAGUGCCUUUGCUUCUUUUUUAAUAUGUAUAUAUAAAAUAGUAGACACUUGAUUCUGCAAAGAUGUACGUGCUAGGGAGCCCCUGUUGCUUUGAGCCAAGGACAUAAUGACUGUAACUUUCCUUACCUGUGUAUCUAAUAACAACAUGAGACCUACCUGUUAGAGGUGACCAGUUGGCCAUAUGUGCUAACAAACAGAGGUACAUAGAACAGCAAAUUACUAAAUGUCCCAGAAGGUGACAAAAACCGUACUUCUUGACAAGUUUAUUUAAUCCAGUGUGUGGUAGAGAAGGCACAGCUC